GUAAAGAAAAAUUGAGAACAAAGUGACGAACAGGAGUAGGAGCAGAAGUAGAAAAUAUAGUACAAGAAAACUACAACUCCAUUUGGCUCUUUGAAUUUUCUUCAGUUGUCUCUGUCUCUCCUAAAUCCAGUUUGAGAGAAGGCCUUGUAAUUGAUCACCAAAAUGGCAGCUUAUGAUAUUAAUGAGAAGCUGUUGAGUAAAGUUCAUGUCCAAGAGGGAACUGAUAAUGAAUUGAAGAUUAAGGACAAGAUAUUAAACGAGUGGAAGAAAAUGUGGGUGAUUGCUGCUCCUGCCAUUUUCACUAGAUUUUCAACCUUUGGAGUAAAUGUCAUUAGCCAGGCAUUCAUUGGUCACAUUGGAUCUAUUGAACUAGCAGCCUUCGCCCUUGUCAUCACUGUCCUCCUCAGAUUCGGGAAUGGCAUUCUGUUAGGAAUGGCAAGUGGACUGGAAACGCUGUGUGGACAGGCCUAUGGUGCUAAACAGUAUCACAUGUUAGGCAUAUAUCUCCAAAAAUCAUGGAUUGUCUUGACUGUAACAGGGACUCUGCUUUUACCAGUCUUUAUUUUCACAGCGCCAAUUUUAAAAGCAUUAGGCCAGGACGAAGCGAUUGCUAAAGAGGCCGGGGUCAUUUCAUUAUGGUUAAUACCGGUGAUUUAUGCAUUCAUUGCAUCUUAUACAUGCCAAAUGUUCUUACAAGCGCAGAGUAAGAACAUGAUCAUUACAUACUUAGCAGCAUGUACUCUUGUGAUCCAUAUCUUCCUAUCGUGGCUUUUAACCGUGAAGUUCAAGUUUGGAAUGACUGGUGCCAUGAUAUCUACGCUAUUGGCAUAUUGGCUUCCUAAUAUUGGUCAAUUAAUAUAUGUUACUUGUGGAGGAUGUAAAGAAACGUGGAAGGGAUUUACUUAUUUGGCCUUUAAAGAUCUAUGGCCUGUUAUUAAGCUUUCUUUCUCUUCAGGUGCCAUGCUCUGCCUUGAACUCUGGUACAACACUAUACUGAUUCUCCUAACAGGAAACCUGAAAAAUGCUAUGGUUCAGAUUGAUGCUCUUUCUAUAUGUCUUAACAUCAAUGGUUGGGAAAUGAUGAUUUCCCUUGGUUUCUUAGCUGCAGCAGGUGUACGAGUAUCAAACGAGUUGGGAAGAGGGAGCGCAAAAGCAGCAAGGUUUUCAAUCUUGACGAUAGUGACAACCUCAUUUGUAAUUGGCUUCACCCUGUUUCUGUUCUUCCUCUUCUUGCGCGGACGUUUGGCUUAUAUAUUCACUGAAAGUGAAGAUGUGGCUGAAGAAGUCGACCACCUAUCUCCUCUAUUAGCAUUUUCUAUACUUUUGAACAGUGUUCAACCCGUUCUCUCUGGUGUAGCUGUUGGAGCUGGAUGGCAGAGCAUAGUAGCAUAUGUUAACAUUGGCUGUUACUACUUGGUUGGCAUUCCAGUUGGUGUUGUGCUUGGUUAUGUUUUCAAACUGCAAGUUAAAGGUGUUUGGAUUGGAAUGUUGUUUGGUAUACUGGCGCAAACUACUGUACUACUUGUGAUCACUCUGAAAACUGAUUGGGACAAGCAGGUAUUAAUUGCUCAGCAGAGAGUGAAGAAGUUUUAUGUAGAAGCUGAACCUAAUGCUGAUUCACAAACUGCAUGAAGUUGAGAUUAAUACGUAUUUGCUGCCAUAUCAUUUUAUAUUGCCUUUAUUCAUACAAAUUGAUAAUUGGACCAGCGGUUCAUUGUAUUGCUAUCUCCUCCUCUUUCUUUCUUCAAGUUAAAGAAUAAAUUGUAGAAUUGAAAAGAAAAGAAGAAUUAAAGUGGCUUGUCAUAGAAACCUAUUGUCCAAACUUCAUUCAGUCCAAUCAAAACAUGGUUAGCAACAUGUUGGGAAUCAUAAAAUAUCCAACAACGGUGCAGUAAUAAAUCGAUGUUUAGCUUUCAA